UCCUGUCCAUCUUCCCGCGCGUGCACGCCCCUCCUCCAGGCCGUCUCCCCGCGCGUGCGUGGCGGUCGGUCCUCGGAAAGGCACGCGCCUUGCCUUUACUGCGGGCCGAGGACGCGCGGCCCGCAUGGAGAGCGAGAGGCGGCCGCUGCGGGCCUGGCCGGGCUGGGGCUGAGGCCGAGCCAGCCGCGGGGUUCCGCAGCCCGGGCCGGAGCCCAUCAUGCGGCGGCUGCGGCGCUUGGUGCACCUAGUGCUCCUCUGCCCCUUCUCCAAGGGCCUGCAGGGCCGGCUCCCAGGCCUAAGGGUCAAGUAUGUUUUGCUGGCCUGGCUGGGCAUCUUCGUGGGCAGCUGGAUGGUCUAUGUGCACUACUCGUCCUAUUCAGAGCUCUGCCGUGGGCAUGUCUGCCAGGUGGUGAUCUGCGACCAGUACCGCAAGGGCAUCAUCUCCGGCUCUGUCUGCCAGGACCUGUGUGAACUGCAGAAGGUAGAGUGGAGGACCUGCCUGUCCUCAGCCCCAGGCCAGCAGGUUUACAGUGGGCUCUGGCAAGAUAAAGAGGUGACCAUCAAAUGUGGCAUUGAGGAGGCGCUCAACUCCAAGGCCUGGCCAGAUGCAGCCCCGAGGCGGGAGCUGGUGCUGUUUGACAAGCCCACCAGGGGAACCUCCAUCCAGGAGUUCCGGGAGAUGACCCUCGGCUUCCUCAAGGCUAACUUAGGAGACCUGCCCUCCCUGCCAGCACUGGUUGACCAGAUACUUCUCAUGGCGGACUUCAACAAGGACCACAGGGUAUCCCUGGCAGAAGCUAAGUCUGUGUGGGCCCUGCUACAGCGCAAUGAGUUCCUCCUGCUGCUGUCCCUUCAGGAGAAGGAGCACGCUUCCCGGCUCCUGGGCUACUGCGGGGACCUCUACCUUACAGAGGGCAUCCCUCACGGCUCCUGGCAUGGGGCGGCACUGCUGCCUGCCUUGCGCCCACUUCUGCCAUCUGUACUGCACAGGGCGCUCCAGCAGUGGUUUGGACCUGCAUGGCCCUGGCGUGCGAAGAUCGCCAUUGGUCUGCUGGAAUUUGUGGAGGAGCUCUUCCAUGGCUCCUAUGGCACUUUCUACAUGUGUGAGACCACACUUGCCAACGUGGGGUACACAGCCACCUAUGACUUCAAGAUGGCUGACCUGCAGCAGGUGGCACCAGAGGCUACUGUGCGCCGCUUCCUUCAGGGUCGCCACUGUGAGCAGAGCUCUGACUGCAUCUACGGGCGAGAUUGCAGGGCACCAUGUGACAGGCUCAUAAGGCAGUGCAAGGGCGACCUCAUCCAGCCCAACCUGGCCAAGGUGUGUGAGCUGCUGAGGGACUAUCUGCUGCCUGGAGCUCCUGCAGACCUCUCCGAGGAGCUGGGCAAACAGCUGCGCACAUGCACCACGCUGAGUGGGCUGGCCAGCCAGGUCGAGGCCCACCAUUCACUGGUGCUUAGCCACCUUAAGACCUUACUGUGGAGGGAGAUCUCCAACACCAACUACUCCUAAGGCUGCAGGAUCCAGCCUCCACAGCUCCACUCCACCCACAGGUUACCCCUCUGCAAAUAAGUCUCCUCACUUACUCCAACAACUCAGCAGAGGAGCCAGGAGUCCCUAUCAGAGGCUGGCCCACUGGGGCCGUUCCUCUGAAUAUGUAAAUAAAUGGCUUUUAUGUGACA